AUGCUGCACCUGACGCUGGAGCUGCUGCGCGGCACAGCGGUCCCGGAUCACUAUGGAAAGAUUGCUGCCGCGAUCGUGUUGAUUCUGCUGGUCCACAGCUGGGCGCGUGGGCCUGCACUACUUGAGCGCGAGGAGCGCAUCGAGGCACACCAGCGGCGCGCGAGCGAGAAGGAGGAUGCGCAAGUGACAGCCGGCUUGAGUGCGAUGGGCGGACGCACUGUGCUGAUUGGCCAGGGCGCGCACAUCGUGGCGCUCGUCCCUGACGCGACAGAUGAGAAUGUCGUGCAAUUGAUUCUAUUGCUGCGCGAGAGCACUUCGAACGAGAACAUUUUUGCAGAGACGUGUGAUGUCCGAGACGAUGCAGCCAUCACGGCCUUUGCCGAGCGGUGGCACAAAGGCACACGAGAGACAGGCACCGACCGUGUGCCUAGCGCGGUCCUGCCGGGCCUUGCGACGCCGCAGACGCACCGCCUCGAUGUGCUGCUAUUCCUCCCGAGUGCCGAGGCUGUCCCGGUCAUGGGUGCUACUACGGAUGAGGCGUACAAAUUCACGGUACUUGCGCGAUUCCGCCUCGUGAAUGCGCUGUUGCCGAUCCUGCUGGCGCAGCCACCGAGCCGCGACGUGCGCAUCGUCAGCGCAGUCAGCCCCUGGUAUGCCGCAGGCCUCGCGCAGUUCGACCGCGUAGCGCAGCCGCCCAAGGGCCCCAUAUUUGAGCCAUGGACGCGCGUCGGUGCUGCCGAGCUGCAUUGGAUCUACCUCGCUACGGAGCUCCAGCGACGCCUCAACCUACUCGCCGAGAAGGACACACGGCCCCGCACCGACCUGCACGGCAUAGACACUGACAACUCACCCCCCCCACUGGCCAUGCGACGCAGCCACGUGUCGUCGGUGGUCGUGUGCCCCGGCUUUGAGGUGUCGCAGUUCCAACCUCCCGUGCGGCCGACGCCAUCGUAUGGGCCGCGCGCGCGCAUCGGGCACCCGAAGCGCGCGCACGCCGGGCCUCGCUGA